AAGGCUCGGAUUUGGCCCCCUGAUUGCUUGGCUGGAGGAGGAGCCGGCCGGGGAUUGGCUGGAGGCUUGGCUUUCACGUGAAACCCCGGUGCCUCGAAGACAGAUAAGCAGCUGCUUCCCGCGGCGCUCGGCGUUAGUCGGCUUUGAGCGACUGCGGAGGAGGUUGGCUGACCCAGAAAGCUUGGGCUGGGGAGAAAGUACUGCUGGCUCUUGAAGCUCGUGUGGCUGACUUAGUGCCCGAUGAGUUGCACCAGAAUGAUUCAGGUUUUAGAUCCCAGGCCUCUGACGAGUUCAGUCAUGCCAGUGGACAUGGCCAUGAGAAUCUGCCUCGCUCAUUCACCACCUCUGAAGAGUUUCCUGGGCCCUUAUGAUGAAUUUCAGCGCAGAAAUUUCAUAAACCGGUUAAAGCCUCUUAAACCAUGUCUCAACAUCAAGCAUGAAGCAAAAACACAAAAUGACUGGAAGCACUCACCCGGCCGCUCUAAGAAGAGAGUCGUGUUUGCGGAUUCCAAGGGCUUGUCUCUCACUGCCAUCCACGUCUUCUCGGAUUUCCAGGAGGAGCCUGUGUGGGAUCUUCAGUUUGACCUGUUGGAUCUAGGAGACAUCACAACCGGCCUCAAGCUUCAUGAAGAGAGAAACUUGAUCUUGGAUUUUCCUCAACCAUCAAUUGACUAUUUAAGUUUCCGGAACCACCUUCAGAAGAACUUGGUCUGCCUGGAGAAUUGUUCUCUGCAAGAGAAAGCUUUGACAGGAACAGUGAAAGUAAAAAACGUGAGUUUUGAGAAGAAGGUCCAGGUCCGUAUCACCUUUGACACAUGGAAGACCUAUACUGAUGUGGACUGUGUCUAUAUGAAAAAUGUCUAUGGGGGCUCCGAUACUGAUACAUUUUCCUUUUCCAUUGACUUGCCUCUUGUCAUUCCAACUCAGGAGAAAAUUGAGUUCUGCAUUUCCUAUAACAGUGGCGGACAUGUAUUCUGGGAUAACAAUGAGGGUCAGAAUUACAGAAUUAUCCAUGCGCAGUGGAAACCAGAUGGGGUGCAGACCCAGGCGGCCUCACCAGGCCGAACAUUCCGCCAGACACCGAAUAAAACCGAACUCGAUUCACCACUCUUUGGGAGCCCAAGGCUAGCUAGUGAGCUCUUUCCUGACUGGCAGAGCUGGGGGAGAAUGGAAAACUUGGCCUCAUAUAGAUGAAUUUUUGCCAGGCUACCAGGUUUUGGCUAGCUAUGCUAACCAUAGGAAGCUUUGGCUGUGGUCAUUUGAUAGGUUUGGGUUUGGGUGUUUGACACCCUAACUACAAAACAAGUGGCCCUCAAUUUGGUGCACAAGUUGGAAGGGAUUAUUUGGAAGAUAAUAGUCCAUUAAGCCUCAGUUCUGUAUUAUAAAUAAUAUGUAUAUAAUUUUAUCAAUGCACUUUCUUAAUGUUCACUAGCUUUUAUCUUGGGGCAAGAAAGCUAUGAGGAAGUAUACACGAAGGUGACAGGAAGCUGUGUUAAUGGUAUGAGGCAUGUCUAGAGAGGGUUCACAGGAUGGAGUUUGUGUACCAUGAUGGGAUGGGAGAAAGGUAUAUUUGUAUGUUGGUGAAGAAAUGUAAGCUUACUGUGUGUGUUUUUUUUAAUAGGUUAUACAAUCCUUUUUUGGAGGAUUGAUACAAAAAAGAGGUAGAUAACCUGUAAAUACAGUUAUGAAGAAAAGGGGCACACUCUAGUGGGGCUAUAUUCAAUGUUAUGGGACACCAGCGAGGGUGAAAAAGUGAAUAAAAACUCUAAAGCAUAGCUAUCACUUAAGUCAUUUUUCAGAACAUUGAACAUACCCAAAACAAUGACUUAUGCAAAGUUUAAUUAAGUGAAGAUUGUAAUCCUACUGUUUUAAGUAGGAGAGGUGACCGCAUUUGUAAUGGCCACCAUGUUGGUGUUCUUCUGUUGUAGAUGGCUAACAUUAAACCAUGCCAUUUCCUAGUACCACCCACUUAGACUCUCUUACACAAAGUAGAACCCCAAGUGCCUUAAUCAAUAAUUUAGUUGCUUAUCCCAAAUAUUCAAAUGGCCACUCACUAGCUCCUGAAUGUUUGUAUACUUUAGAAGAAGUCUGCACUGCAGACUGUUUGCCUUGCAGUACUGAUAUGUCUUUGAUAUUGGUGUCUGUAUACAACUAGCAUCCUUCAUAUUGAAGGUGACUUAUCAUUCAGCUGUACUUUCAAUGUGAUCUUUGAAAUGAGGGGUCUCCACAAGAGCCCAGCACCCUGAGCACAUGUAAUUAGGGACCUCUCUUUCCCUGUUUCUUCAAGCUGAAAUAUUUCUCUUCUCUGUUUUAUAGAUGUGAGAAUUGUCUCAGUCAUACUGUAAUACUUGUUCCCUGGUGUGUAUAAAUCCCUUCUGUAAAAUGGAUAUCAACUGAACAUAUGCUAGUCCUUUGAGUUCAUAAGUAGUGUGAUAUACAUUUCCUUCAAGUGAUAAGAGUGAAUCCUGGUCACUUUUAUGGAACAUAGUUGGCCAUGCUGACAAAAUACUAAUUUGGAAUAAUUUUGCAAUGAAGGUAUUUAAGAUUGGCUAGCACCAAAAACUUUUCUACUGUCAAUAUUUCAUCCUACUGUAGCUGUUUUAUGUGAGCUUGUCACUUUAAGAAUAAAUUGUUUGAUAUAAAGAAAA